AAAGCGCUUCAUAUAUACUGUUACGGUACGUUAUGGAAAUAAGCUCACAAAGAUCCCAAACAGCUAGCCAUAUUGUAGACCAGAUAAAGAGCCAAGGAUUAUUUGAUAAAAUUAGAAAGCAAUGUCUUGAAGAUGUUGACGUAAACUUAGACUACCAAGUUCUCCAAAAGAAGGUGAAUUCUUUUGUUUCAUCAUUUCUCCAAAAUCAGUCAUGGAAUCCUGGAGUUGAGAAGUUAAAGUUAAGGGAACAGCUACGGACUAAACUCUUAAGUACCAAAAUGUUGUCUUGUGGAGUUGACAAACUCGUUAAUCAGGCACUUAAUGCUAAAAUGCCUAAAAAUUUCAAGAAUCAAGUUCAGAAUAUUGUUUGCGAUUACUUUGACUUAAACCCCGAGUCAAUAUUAGCUAGUAGCCUAGGUAACCAGAAUUGUGCUGAAAUAAGACCUGCAAUAUACCCUGAAAAUCCAACAGGACCAUAUCCUUCCGAUUCGUAUGACCGAGCUUAUGGUUCUGUAAUGAGUAAUCCUGUGACCAUACCCACACCUCAAGGCAUUCAACCACCGUUUCCAUAUCCCUACCCCCCAGUUCCUGUUCAGCAUUCAGUUAUUCAGGCGAGUGUUCCAUGUCCAAUCACUGCUUAUGUGGGACCAAGUGCAAAUUAUUUGAUUCCACCACCGCCUCCUCCUCCAAGUGUCUUUUGUCAGCCACUUGUCCAUUUUAACAACCAGUCAUCAGUUCCACCACAAAACUUCCAAACUCCAGCGAAUAACACUGUUUCUCCUUCAGCUACUCAUUCGGAUAUAGAACACGUUAGAACACAACCCUUAGAAGUUACAGUAGAAGAAUCAGUACCAUGCGAUGAUCCUAUGGAUAUAGAAUCUUUAAGUCCUAAUAGUCCUGCUGAUGAAUCUACUGCAUCAUUGUUACAUGAAAAUUCGGAAUUCUGCGGAGAACGUCAUUCAUCUAAAGUCAGCGAAAAAAGUUCAUACCGACAACCUAACAAGAUUGCUUGGCAUGAUGUCCAUUUAUUGUUGGAUGAUGUUUCUGAAGAUGAAGAAAAAGAUGUGAUUUCGAAGUCACCAACCUCUCUUGGAAACUCCAUUCCAUAUUCAGACCAUUCCUCAGUUCUAAGGUCACCACAUACAAUUUCUCAGUCCUAUGAUCGGAACCUAUCAGUUCAGAGUACUUUCUCCCGUAAUAUUCAUAAUGCAGAUGAUUGCAUACGCUCUACCUCACCUAUCGCUUACGAUGAACGCAAACAUCGAAAUAAAUACAUGACAUCUACUUUAGAAUAUAAUCCAGAAAAUUGUGUUUCGAACUUUAAAACUGAAAGUGCAAAAUUAUGUUAUGAACAAAAGUCUGAUUCUAACGAUUCAUACUCAACAAAUACAUCUACGAAUCGUACGAAUCAUAAUCACUCUAAGUACUCAAGGUCGUCCACUUCACCCUUCUCUACUAGUCAGUUAUGCGAUGCGAAUGACUGGUGUACAAAAUCUACUGGGAUGAGCUCGCGAAUCGAAAUAUAUCACAGUAGUCAAUCAAUAAGAAGAUCCCAAACUUCGAUUAAAAGUAAGGUAUUUAAUUAAAGAUCCUCUUGUAUUGUAUUCUGCGAUUUUUACCGGUGAAGUUUACGAAUUUUGUGUUUCCAUUUAGAAAUUGUCGCUGAUCAAUACAAUUUUAUUUAAUUAUUUUAGUUGACUAUUUCUAGAAUUAUAUCUCUACUAUUUUACACUUAAGUAAUUUAAAAUGGGAACAAUGAGUUAUGUUUUGCGAGGAAUGUGUAUCGUAAAAUAGUCUGAAUAUAAGGUAUUUUGCUUUUUUAAUUUUUUUGAAUUAUUUGUGAAAGUGUAAUAGUUACAGAUUUUGUAUAUUCUACUUAAGGGGAAUGGUGAAUUGUAAUUCUUCGUUAUUAUGCCUAUCAGGUAUAUCAUACAACUAUAAUAUGUCUCAUAAAUAUGUCAAAGUAAGGUUCGAUUCCUUGUACAACUUCAAAAAACAACCAGUUUUGAGGAAAUGCUUUAUUUGAGCAUCAAUUAAAACUCUAGCGAUCGUUCCAAACAAGUAUUCACUUACGCUGACCAUGUUUACUUUAAAUAAAGUACUUAUGAAAUCAUGCAUUUACGGGAUUUCGACCUAGUAAUUUGUGUAAUUUAUCAACAAAGAAAUGGAUCCCGUUUAAAUUGUAUUAGAUACAUUGCAAUAAUAUACAGAAAUAGGUUUAAGUAACAGACUCGUUGUACAAAAAUCUGCGUAUUCCAUUAGAUGAUUCGUUUAAUACAAUCUGAUCGCGUGUAAUAUAUGAAUGGUGAUUAGUUACAAUUAUGUUUGAUACCGUUCAAAACUGACACCGGUGGAAAAGUAGGUUGGACAGGUCGUAGUACGAAUAGUUCAAGAUUUCCUUACAGUUUAAAUUCUAGAUAAACUUUAAAAUUUCAUGUUAGUCAACUUUUCAUAGUCUACGAACCCAUUUAAUGUAUUCGCCUUUUUAUAAGUUGUUACCUUGUAUUGAAGUAAGUCCAGUUAGCCUUAAAUCUCAGUUACAUACAGCUUUUAUUCCAGUUGGUGUCCAGUCUUAUGAUGAUGAUUGAUGUAUACUUUUAUGACCUAGUAAGAUUUUGUAGGUAAUCAAAGUCUCAUAAUUUCUGAUCAUUUAGUAGUUGUAAGGGAAAAGAAUUUAUUCAAAGUAAAUGUGUUUGGUCAGUAACUCAUCUAGUAAAACGUACUAUUGUAUUCAAUACUGCUAGGUGAUCAUAAUUGAUUUUGUUACUAUGAAACGAUUAUUUCCAUAUAUUGCUUUUGAAAUAGAUCAACCAGUAUAUAGCCCAACGAGCCACUCUGAGCGUCAUCUCUCAGACACGUUUAGACAAUCACAUUACACGAAAAGUCCGGAUAUUUUUAUGGAUCGUCGUUUAAAAUCAGAUUAUCCAUCGAGCAGUUCUCUGUCCAAUCAGUUCCGUUCAUCACCAGAUUCUAUGGUAUGUAUCAUUGAGAGAUCAUGAAGGUUAUACAGUCUAAGUUAAUAAUUUAAACAUUAUUAAAAGUUCUGAAGGACCUCAUGCCACAUAUUCCGAGAUGAUCUAGAGUAUUUUUAUCACAGGAUGAGGAUCUUGAAAGUGUUGUGAAGCUUCCAUUUAAUGCCUCACAUUUCAGCGUCCGCUCAUUAGGUCGAACUCAAAGGUUGAUUACAAUAAAUUGAUUUACAAAUUUCACAUUCACCUUCUCUUGGUUAAGUCUUUCGUUGUACUGCAAAUACUCACUAAGAGUUCUUGCUCAUGGCAUUUCGGUAAGGUGAAAAUCCCAACUCAUGUGAAAUUUCCCAGCUACUAUUUUAUUGCCGCUGCAUAGACGACACCAUUAUAGGGCAAGGUUAGUCUACUUAAAAUAUUUAACUGCAUCCAUCCAUCUAUCACACUUAUACUAGAAAGACGUUAAAGAAAAGUAUACAUCAAAAUUCAACAUCAGUUGCUCAAUAUUAUCCAUGUUUAUAGUCGCGUAACUCGUGCAAACGAAACCUAGUCGACAGUUCAACACAUUGUGUGAAAAUUAUUUGCUCCAGUGAUACAAUUAAAGAAGAGUUACGUACUAUCCGCAGCUUACUGAGCGUGAGUGCUUAUCCGUUAAAAUCUAUUGAAAAGCACAUGACCCAAGUUAGGACAAAGAAAAAACUAGUUCCUGAAAAGCCAGUAUUUUUAAAGCUGUAAUUCUCAAACGAUACUAUAAUUAAAUUAGUAAUACAACGAGUAAGAAAAUCCUUACAAAGGACAUUCGAUGUGGUAAAAUUGUACGCCAUAUUUUACAACCGACCGAGUAUUAGCACAGAAAAUAAGGGCAAACUUCUCCAAUACCCUUCAUCUAUAUGCGUUUGCCAUUUCAACUGCUCACGUGGAGCCGGAUACAUUGGGCUCACGAUUUGGCAAGUCUGUCACCCUGUUUUGGAAUAUCAUCCCACCUGGGUAGGUAAAGGACAAGUAUGAUUGAUUGAUAGCUCUUUACAGGCUCAUUUGAUGGAUACAGGACAUCAAAUAGCCAAAACAACCCGUUUCAAACUAUCCACUGGGUCCCACCAAAUAUACCGCUUGGUUUACGCAUGUAUUUUCCAUACAGCAAGAGCCAUCAGUAUCUGCUUUAAUAAGCCUAGUCUGUGCCUCCAUGAAGUUUAUACAAUCGCACUCCUCACCUCAGCCGUCAUAAUUACCAAUAUCUAAGUGAGUUACAAAUGACUUGUUAAACAAUACUACUACUGUUGUUUUUACUUAGUCUUAAUAUUCUCUUUAUGAUUACACACCUGAUAUUAUUGUUGGACUUAUCAAAAACUUUACCAGUCCUUUAAUUGCAUGUUCGAAUUGUUUACUACGUAACUGCUACUUAUGGUGGACUUCUUACCAAACUUGUCAGUUCCAUUAUUAUCAAUCCCUAAACUAUUUAUUAUUUGAUUUUAUAUUGGCUUUAUCAAUAAACUUAUAUGUACGUUCUCUGAUUGUGUGGUAGGUUGUAUUUGUUUCUAUAGAAACAAACGGCCUAUAUUUCCAAACUCCAGAAAAGUCUCUGGUAAUCAAACUAAAACUUAUUUUCAGGGUAGAUGGCGUUUCCCAGUUCAGUUAUCUAUUCAAGCGUAGCCAUGUCUUGUAGUUCCGACUAUCUUACUUGAAACAGCAUUCUCUUGAUUUUGCCUAUUAGAUUGUCCAUGUUAGCUCCCUACAGUUUUGGAUUUCGUCUAACCAAUAUAACGACUGACCUAUUAGGGUAUGAUGAUAACUGUUUUCACUAGUGUAGUCCAGUAAAGUAUAUGUCGGUUUGCUUGAGAUUUGAAAUAUCGACGGUAGUUUCUCUCUGAAAUACUCUUUAAGGGGUUUUAAUUUAGGGUCUAAAAUUGUAUAUUGCUGCAUAUCUGAUAUAUUGUUACUCAACUUAUGUAGCUCUACUAUCAAACAUACGUCGAUCACUCAAAUAGGACCAAAAGCAGGAAUUUUACGUUAGAUUCUCCAUUGUUUUAUACUUGGCCUUACAACAAUUAGCUUACUAAGAU